UAUAUCGGUACUCCUCGUUUCAUCUUGCCAAUUAUUUUCGAAUUUACGUCAGACGUCGGCAGCUUCGUUGCGCGAUGUAAAUAAUGUACAUAAGAACACAAAGAAAGAAAGAGAAAGAAAGAGAGAAAGAGAGAAAGAGAGAGAGGGAGAAAAAAGGUGGCUGUAAAUAUUGAACAGGACGCGCGUGUGAAGCCGAGAACGCCGCCAAGUCGGAGGACCGGGUCGAGGAAAACUUCUUUCAUAUACCGGAAACUGUAUAAACAAAUAGCGCGAAAUGUUUGCGUGAUAUGGGAACGGGACAACGAGGCGAACACCGUCAGGCCUGGAGCGGAACCUAUUGAUCCAAGACGGCAAUCGAUAACGCCGAAAACUUCGUAAAACUUCCGAUAUAUACUGUACAUACACACACACGAGCACCGACUCCUGUAAUCAUUCUGUACAUAGCGUACGAUAUACUUGAACGGAACUGAUGCAUGAGUCCACGGGCACGGUGAGGGAGUGUGUCGACGAGGCGAUCCGUAUAUUCCCGAACUUCACGAACACGGACGUCAAGCUGGCCCAAUUGUUCGUGAACACGACCGCGUGCGUGCUCGCGAAAACCCGCUGCGCCCUCCUGAACCCGAUCACCGGCGAAUUUCAAGACGACGACCUCGCUAACAAGCUCCACAUACCGUCGGUGAACGCGGUCCUGGUCAACACCGAUUACGACAUCAACAUCGUCCAGCUACCGUUUCAAUACGGCUCGGUCGACGUCUGCGCGAAAUACAGGAAUUUCGAACAGGCUAAUUGGCCGACCGUCACCUGCUGAAGAAGCGUCGAGGACGGAUUUUAUAAUUAAUUCGCGCUAAUUCGGGAUCAGAUUGCCCAGAACGAUGCGCAAAAUUUUGGGAAGAGGAGAUACGA